AAGGCCCGUCCCAGCUCUCAGACGUUCUUUGGUACCAUCGAGCAGCGCAGGGCCGCUGCAGAACGCACGGUUUCGAGUCUGGAAAAAGCCGACGUCCGUAAACAGGAGACUGGGAAAAGAAAAGGAGGCAUGGAAGACAAAGCAAUGAAAAUAACGCCUAUAGCUAGUGUUGCCAGUGAUGAUACCGACAUCACCAUCACUGCAAGAGUUAUGAACAUGAGCACUCUCGUCGGCAACUUUGGUAAAUUUCCGUUUCUAGAGUGCCGCGAUCACACUGGAGAAAUCAGGAUAAAGUGCGAUAAGUUCGGUGACAAAAUGAAAGAGGUCGUCAUCAACGGUGUUUAUACAUUCACUCACCUGGUAGCAAGAGACUGGCGAGGAGACCGAGACGACUAUCAAAUUCCUAUUAAAGCCGACUUCGAGCUGGUAUCUACUGAGAAGUCAGAGAUCCGCAAGAUGCCGUACAGAACGUACGAAUUUAAAAAAAUAGAAGAGCUGAAAAAACAGGUCAGCCAAAAUGGCACAGCAACAGAUCUUGGCAUGUGUGACGUCAUCGGCAUGUGCACGGAAAUCGGAGCCAUUGGGCAAAACCAAUUUGCAAAACCUGAAAUCGAACUAACGCUGGUGGACGAGACCACCGGGCUAGAGUCCGGCAUUACCCUGGCUCUACAGAGGGACCCGGCUACCGAGUUGAAUCAGCUGCUGCAAAAUAAAUUAAUUUCUACCCCGUUUGUGGCUGUAGCCAAAAACGGUCGUCUUAAAAAAUUUGAUGGCGGCAGAAUCAACAGCGGCACCUCAAACAUGGUGCUCAUCCCUAAACUGUGCAAGUUGCCAAACCCCCGGCUGACGCAAAGACAACAAGAGUUGGAGAAAUGGUACGGGGAGGCCAAGAAGGACGGGAAGACUGCUGAGGAAAAGAGCAAUACUGAGAAAGAAAAGGAGAAUGCUGAGGAAACUAGGAAGAAUGCUGAGGAAAAAAGAGAGAAUGCUGGGGAAAAAAAGGAGAAUGCACCGAAGCGGGAACACGACGCGGACGACACAGAGGAACUAGGAAACGCACAAAAGUGCAUCAAGAAAGGUGCUGUAUCCGAUAGGUGCUCUAUCCGACUAGAAAUUACUAUGCACCAAUGAUGUAAUCACAGCAUUACAACCCACGCAAGGAUGGGCCUCUCAGUCAACUUCGACAUGGUGGUGGGGGCCUUUUUGGUCCCAUCAGGUUAUCUCGGAAAGUUGGCAAGCUAGAAAGCCGCAGUGAAAAGCAAUAGAUAGUUCGCUAUAAGAUCUUUCAGAUUAGAGGGUAAUUUUUGAUCAGGUCAUUGCUGAGGUCACUAGAGGACAUCAAAGGUAAAAUUUUUACAAUUUUUUGUUCCCGAUUUUGACAACUUUUCACAAAUCGGCUCACAGUUUGGGAACCAAUGGAGCUAUAGCGCUGCAGAAAAGCGCAUUCGAUAGCUCUUUCAAAGGACAUUCUGUUCAUUGUUCUCAGCAAAAAAAAAUAGCAGCAGGGUUCAAAAAACUUACACGUGAUGCGAUUGAUGUAUCAUAAGCUAUACCAUGUUUCGUUUUCUUAACACUCGCAAAAAACUGGUAGAUGUGGCCAAAAACGUUAAGAUUUGACCUUAGAUCAACAGUUUAGCCUCCAGAGGGCAAAAACUCAAAAUUUGACGUUUUUUUUGUGGGAAAGGUACUAUACUUAUUUAUCCAUUUACUUAUUCCGACCUCUCUCCAACGGGCAAUCUGGCGUCCCAUUUACAGGAGAGCUCCUGCUCCUCCUGGUCCCAUUCCCCGAGUUUCAAACUUCUGAGAUGUAUACUGUGUGAAUGACUCACAAAGUGUUUAGAGGCAUGGUCACCCAACUUGACCUGGGCCUCGUUUCAUAAAAGGAAUUACUUACGGCGUUCCGUCAAUUAUGCCAGAUUUGGCGUAUUUGAUGCCAAUUCGGUUUCAUAAAGCCGGAGACCGGAGUAAUUCACGUCAUCGAAAGUACGGAGCUUCAUUUACGGCAAAUGCUCGAUUCCGGACCAAUUGAUGCCAUUUGGGUUUCAUAAAACGACGUAAUUAACGCCAAAUAUUUUAUCAAGCUCUUGAUAUCAGUGGUGUAAACUACGCACAAAAAUGUUGCGUGAUUUUGAAUUAAUGUGAAGAUUUGAAGCUAGUUUUUGAUAUAUUUUAUAACGUUGAGCCCGGUGAGGAAGAAAGACCAGCCAAAAAGAGAAAAAGAAACUGCAAAUCUUCUGUACCAGUCGCUUUUUGUGGCCACUAUCGGAAUUUUGUUUAUUCGCCGCGCCGCGCCACUUUCGUAGUUAGGCACUUCUGCUUCUGCUGGCUUUAUGCUGUUUUUAAUAUGUUGUUUUAAUAAAGGAUGGUCAUCAAUAUAAA